AAGCUGAACAGCCACGUCGACGCUGACUCGUCCCAAGUCAGUAAUCAGAUUAACAUCUGUAGGGACAGUGUUUUCGAUUGCAGCCUUAGAGCCUUCAAUAGAAAAAAUUUCAACCCUGAAGCAAAGCUGGAUGUCGUCUUUAUAGAUGAGGGUGAAAAUGCUGAAGGGGCAGUUGAUGAGGGGGGUCCCACUAGAGAAUAUAUGAGACUGUUGAUUAAGGACAUUCAUAAGUGUCCCAUUUUUGAAGGCCAUGAAAAGAAACGUCAACUUCGCCUUGAUACACAUGCUUUCCAGACGAAACUGUACACGGCAGUAGCAAAAAUGCUCACUGUGUGUGCUGUCCACGGGGGAGUGGGUCCGCACUUUUUCUCAGAGAGGCUUUACAAUCAAGUGUGUGGACUACAAAGUCCUCCUACCAAGAUUGAAGAGAUUGGGGAUCAUGCCUUUCGAGAGCAGUUGAUCAAAAUACAUGAAGCAAUGACAGUUACAGAGGCAAACUCUGCCAUUUUGGAAGCAGCAGACAGCCUUGGCAUGAUUGGUGCCCUAAGGCAUGUGUCCAGCUUGGACGAGAAGGAAUCACUCGUCCAGUCUGCUGCAGACUUUUUUGUAAAUGGAAGACUACAGGCUGCCCUAAACCAGUUCAUUGAGGGAUUCAAAACCCUUGGGUUAUUAAAGGAAAUGAAAAGGCACCCAGCUCUGUUCCUGCCUCUUUUUGUAAAUGAGGACAUCCCGCUGCAAGCUAAAGACUUGGUAACAUUGUUUAAGGUGGACUUCUCUGUACAGGGAAGCAACAGAAGAGCAAAGGAAAACCGCACCAUCUGCUUUUGGCGCGACUUAUUAAUAGAAAUUGAAGAAGGAGAAUGCUCUAUCACCCUUGAAAAUAUCUUGGAAUUUGCCUCCGGAGCAUCAUCUGUGCCUGUCGUAGGUUUUCCUCAAAGGCCGCAAAUCCAUUUUCUUCAUGAAGAAAACCGACCGUUCCCAGAGGCAAACACAUGCCUCAUAAUCCUUCGUCUACCGAUUCAUGGGGAUUAUAAUACUUUCAAACAACACUUCAUUGAUGGUAUAGUUCAAGCUCCUGUGUUUGGAUUUGCUUAAAGAGCCAUUGUAGAGAUUUUCAAGGUGCUGCUACAGGUGGUCAUUAGAGAAACAGCAGUCAGUAUCCUGUUCUGUGUUUAGAGGUUUAACCCUCAAAUCUUUUGCUAUUAAAAUGUUUUUGUUCAUGAAACAGGAUAAAACACAUCAAUUGAAGCUGUAUUAUUGUUCAAAGUUAUACA